CAUUAUGCUAGGUGGGAGUGCUUCAGUGACAUGUGCUUGCUUUUGAGAAAAACAAAACUCUUCAGAUUUAUACUAGGAAUAAUUACCAUGUUUAUUUUAUGUUUACCUGAAUUUUUCAAAAUCCAUGAAGAUAACACUGUAAUUGUGUCAUGCGUGGAUACCUGUUCAUCCAAUAACACCACUUUUCCACUUUGUACUUUUAACAAUUCUUGCAAAAGAUCAGUGCAACAAAGAAGAGAAAACCAGACUAUUUUACUGAAGGCCACUGUAAACCAUCCCAAUUUCCAACAUACUCCUUGUAUUUGCCAGUCCUUCGGGAAGGAACAACAGUCCCAUACUAAACACACGGAGUGUGAACCCAAGAGAGAUGCGAAUGUUGAUAAUCAAGGAUCACAGUCAGUAGAUAAAAAAAUUCCAAAAGCAAAAGGCUCACUUGAAGUGAAAACAGAAGAUGUUAUUUAUUUUUAUAAAUAUUUUAAUUUCACUACGGUUUCUGAGAAAGAAGAAGGAGACCAUAAUACUUACUACGGGCUGGAAAUCCACAUCAACAAUUCUAUAGUCGGAGGAAGAAAUACAGCCGAAGAAUACCUACAUCAUUCCUGUCUAGUGGCAAUGAUGGAAGACCAAAAUGACUGUAUAAAUAUUUCACUGCAACUGGAGUCUUAUGUGGAAUAUCCAAUGUGUAUGGUGAAGAUCAUUUGGCUCACUAUGAUUCCAGUAGUUUUUGUGUUUACUAUUUCAAUCGUCAUCUACAAAAUAGUCCAAGAAAAUGAACAAAACCAUCGUAAACACAGAGUAGCAGCUGUUUCUACUAUUCUAAGAAGAAAGAGUUCAGGACAUGCAAGAAGAGCCAUGUCUGCUACUAAAAUUCAUCCUUUUCCUGUACUGGAAACCAGCAAACAACGGAUUCCACUUACUGCACAGACCACAAAGACACUGCCAGUAAUUCCUGAACAUGAGCAUUGUCAUGUGGGUGCAUCAACUGUAGAAGUUUCAGAUGCCGCCAUAUGACAUAUGAUUACUGUUGGAUGAAAGAAGACACGUCCUACACCACAGGAGAAAGCAUCUCCAUUUCUGGUUUGGGGAGCUUUGUUACCUGUCUUUUCUUGAGAACACCAACUAUGCAUUGGAGUGGAGAAGCUCCAUUUUAUCUGACAUCAGAAUUAUUUGGUAUGAAGAAAAUAAGAAUGAUGGACGAGCAUGUAGAAUCCACUUCAGUAGGAUGGUAUAGAUUUCACAUCUAUUUUCAGUUCAUUCAGGAUUUGUACUUAAUCAUAUGGAUGUGAGAUAAUCCUUGCAAUAAUUUCAUUUUCUAUCUGAGAAGAAAUUUAUUUUGUAUUCUCCACAGGUAAGAAAGGCUGUUUAAAAAUAGAAACAAUCCUCUACUUUCAUGAGAUGAGCACAUUUUUUCAGCCUGUUUAAUGCUCUAGGUGACUAAAAUGCUUAAAAGAUAUGAUUUCUGGCUGUUGAGGAAGGUGGCCGAAGGAUCAUAGAAGCAGAGAAUUCUGCAGUACAUUUUAAUUCCUGCAGUAAACCAGGAAGGCCUUCAUAAAUUCUGCAACAUCUUAGUGGAUAAAGAAAAAAAAAUGUGGAAAAAUAGUAAUUUGGCUUCAAACCACGAAGUCAUUAUUGUUUUUUAAUAACUCAUUAAGGCACCAAAUGGGUUUCGUACAUUUUGAUAAAUUGCAUUUCUAUCUUCUGUACUGGCUUGUGUCAUUAGUAUUCAGACUCAUUAUCUCCUGGAACUUUUCCUUACUUCCCAUUUAUUACUGCUCCUCUGAGUGUAGUGGAGCCGUUUGGGCUGAGCCGGGUCGCGGGCUCGUUGGGCGCUAAGGCGUUAUUUGUGGGCACAACUCACCCAUCCAUUACCCGGCAGAGACAGGAAUGGCAGAGCCAGGGCUUCAGGCUCCCUCGCGCUCAAUCCAUCAGGACGAACAGAUUGGAAACUGCCCAUUGCAAAUACGAGACGCAGCAAUUUAGCAUCAUGUUAAUACUUCAUAACCUCCAUCCCUUACAUUUAUAUAGCUUUUCCCUCCUGAAGCUUUCUGAAAUUGCUUCUCCAGUCAUUACGCUGCACCAAGCAGUUCGGAUUUAAUAGGAAUAGUUGUGAAAUUAGCUCCUGAAUGAUUUGAGGCCAUAUGGAAUUUUUUAUAUUUAGUUGGGUAAGUCUGAAGCAUUUGUUUCUAUUGUUUGUCACUGUCUUAUAAAAAAACCCAGAGAAAAAUACUGACUUUCUUGAUUUGGGGUUUUUUGAGGCUUUAUUGCUUAUCUGUGGUAAUAACUUGAAGCUUUUCAGAAAUUGAUUUUUUAAUACAGUCUA